CCAGUUAACUUAUGUCAUUGAAACCUAACCUCUCAUUUCUGAAGCUAAUAAUAAUAAUUAUUUGAUUUCAAAAAUUCUUAAAUUGAAAUGGCUAAAAAUUUAUUAAGGAUUUUCUCUCAAUUGUCCAUACAUUCAAAAUUUUCGACACCUUCUCAAUAUUUGCAAACGUUAAGAAUUUCAAGGCAUUCAAUUUUUACUACUUCAAAACUAUUUGGUUUGGAAGAUUUUUUCGAAGAUAAAAGUAAUUGGGGAGCUUCUGAAAUAAAGAGUGGAAGAUCUUGGACUGAAGAUGAUAUGAGAAUCAAAUCUAAUGAAGAUUUGCACAAACUAUGGUAUGUUCUAUUGAAAGAAAGAAAUAUGCUCCUUACUAUGGAAGAAGAAGCAAAAAAACAAAUUGAAGUAUUUCCUAGUCCUGAACGUUUAGAUAAAGUAGAAGCUUCUAUGAAAAAUCUUGAAGAUGUCGUAAGAGAACGCAAUAAAGCCUAUCACAUGCUUGAAACAGGUAAAAAUGGAGAAAGACCUGUGCAAGACAUCAUUAAUGGAUUUGGGCUGAGGACAUUCAAAAAGUUACAUGAAUUUCCCAUUCCUAAACAUAUGAAUAAAAAAUACAACAAUUUCGAAUUCAAAGAAAAUGAUAAAGUUGUUCAGAACUUCCUACUCAAAUAUAGAGAGAAAAAAUAUUUAGACAAGAGGAGGAAGAAGGUGAGAGAUUUCAAUCACGUUAUUGGUUUGAUGAACAGAUUCCCAAAUAUGGAUAUGGAAGCUUUGAAAGAACAAUAUCCAGAUGUUGAUAUUGAAAAGGCAAAAAGAAGUAGAAAGUACAAAGGUUUAGGCUGAUAAUGUUGAUGAACAAUCUUAAUUGUAAUAUAUUAAAUAAAUUGUUCAUAUUUU